CCCGGUCCCCAGCCCCGAUCUCCGCGCGCGGGGCAGCCGCGGGGGAGCACUGUCUCCGGUUGGGACGCGUGCCGCGAACUAGGCACCGCCCGAGCACGAGCCGGGCUGCACGAAAACUCCUGCGUGCCCUCCUCGCUUGCUCAACAAUGAGUGCCAAGUCUGCCAUCAGCAAGGAAAUUUUUGCACCUCUUGAUGAAAGAAUGCUGGGAGCUGUCCAAGUCAAGAGGAGGACAAAGAAAAAGAUUCCUUUCUUGGCAACCGGGGGUCAAGGCGAAUAUUUAACUUACAUCUGCCUGUCAGUGACAAACAAGAAACCCACACAGGCAUCUAUCACGAAGGUCAAACAAUUUGAGGGCUCCACAUCAUUCGUCCGAAGAUCUCAGUGGAUGCUUGAGCAGCUCCGCCAGGUUAAUGGUAUCGAUCCUAAUCGGGAUUCUGCAGAAUUUGAUUUGUUGUUUGAAAAUGCCUUUGACCAGUGGGUUGCUAGCACGGCCUCAGAAAAGUGCACCUUCUUCCAGAUCCUCCACCAUACCUGCCAGAGGUACCUCACAGACAGGAAGCCAGAGUUUAUUAACUGCCAAUCUAAAAUUAUGGGAGGAAACAGCAUCCUCCAUUCAGCUGCUGAUAGUGUGACCAGUGCAGUACAGAAGGCAAGCCAGGCCUUGAAUGAGCGCGGGGAACGGUUAGGCCGAGCAGAGGAGAAGACAGAAGACAUGAAGAACAGUGCUCAGCAGUUUGCAGAAACUGCACACAAGCUCGCCAUGAAGCACAAAUGUUGAGAAACUGCCUAUCCUGGUGAACCUCUAAAGAAAACGGAAGAGUUCAUUCAGCAGUGAUUACAGGAAUUCCAGAGUGCUGCUGCUUUCUUUUUGUUGUUUGUUGUUUGUUUUUCCAGUAUCUGGACAUUGAGUGGUUUGGGUUUUUCAUGUUCGAUAUGUUAAUAUGAAUGAAAAAGUGUUGUGUUUAUAUAUUCCCUAUCUUGCUAAGAAAUGCUUCAAUAGCAUCAACUUCAUUUUUAUUUUUCCAUUGUGUGUGUGUGUGUGUGUGUGUGUGUGU